AUGCCCGCAAAAGGGGGCUGGAUGGCUUGGUCCGCCAAAAAGAAGGCUCUCAUCUUCGGUUCUAUCGGUCUUCUGAUUAUCGCUCUGGGUAUCGGACUGGGGGUUGGCCUCGGACUAGGACUGAAGAACAGUGGCGGAGGUGGUGAAAAUGAAGGAAGUGGAGGAAGUGGAAAUGGUGGAACAGGAACAGACACUGGAAGCGGCAAUGGCAAUGGAAAUGGCACGACAGGAGGAAACACCACAGCAAUAUGGCAACCGGAAGUGGGAACCAAAUGGCAGAUCGAGCUGCUUUACGUUUUGAACGACACAUCAGUAGACGCGGACAUCUACGACAUUGACCUCUUCAACAAUCCAAACUCAACAAUCAAAAAACUUCAAGAGAUGGGACGCAAAGUGAUCUGCUAUUUCUCAGCAGGUACCUAUGAGGACUGGCGCAAUGAUGCAGAUGAAUUCAAGACCUCCGAUCUGGGAGCCAGUCUUGAUGAUUGGCCUGGCGAGCAAUGGCUCGACACAAACUCGGAAAACGUGCGGAAGAUCAUGCGACAGCGUCUCGACCUGGCUCAAGCAAAGGGCUGUGAUGGUGUUGAUCCUGACAACAUCGACGGAUACAACAAUAAGAAUGGUCUCGGAUUAACCAAGGAUGACGCCAUCAGUUAUGUAAAGUGGCUUGCUUCACAGACACAUGGUCGAAACAUGUCACUCGGGCUGAAGAAUGGUGGUGCCAUUAUUGACUCGGUCAUUGACAAGAUGCAGUGGUCGGUGAAUGAGCAAUGUGCCGUUUAUGAAGAAUGUGAUAUUUACUCGGCCUUCAUCAAUGCCAGCAAACCGGUUUUCCACAUCGAGUACCCCAAGGGAGAUGAUACUAACAGCAACAAUAAAGUAUCAACGAAGCAACUGAAUUCGGCUUGCAAUGCCGCUAGCUCCGGCAGUUUUUCUACGGUCAUCAAGAAUAUGGACCUGGAUAGUUGGGUCGAAUACUGCUGA